CGGCUGACCGCGUUGCUCCAGGUUGCCGUAGGUCGUGGCUUGACCCAGAGUCUCCUGGUGGUUGGCGUAGGAGAAGUCUUGGCAACGCGGACACGUGCACCGGCGGCAGCCAGUCAGCGUUCGAAACCCGGCAUCGCCGCUGUGCUUUUCAUUCUGCGGUUGUUACGCAUCGACUUUACGCAUCAGUGUUCACUUGACUAUCGUGAUCUACAUUGUUAAUGAAAGACUCUCUCGUCUUCUAGAAGAAUUUACCUCGUGGCAGUUAUAAUCCAGCGAAGAAGUUGAAAAAAAUAUUUCGAUCGAUCCUAGAGUCAUUCUGCGUUACUCGAUGAAAAUGCAAAUGUGAUUUCGGUGAUCGGUGCUGAAGUGAAUUUUUGUAUUUGAAGACAUGACCUGAAAAAAAAAUAGUUAUAAAAAAAUUUUUCGGUGUUUUGUGGUAUAUUAAAAAAAUUGGGUGAUGAACAAAAUAACAAAUUUUUCGUAAUGGUAUUUCGUUUAAUGUCUGGAUUAAAUAAUUAAUUUUUAUUGGAGAGUGAUAUUCGGCCUGCUGCGAAGAUAGACAGACACGUAGUCAUGUUGUUAUAGAAUGUAAAUGUUCGUGAGAACUGUUGGUUAUGGUGAGAGUGUGUGUGACAGUCGUUAUCUAAUUUUAUGGUGCGUCGUUAUAAAAAGUACCAUGGGAAAAAUGCAUUCCGCUGGUUCAGUAUCCUUAGAGUUACGUCCGAGUCUUGUUGUCAGCGGCUGAAAUUACAGUCCAGCGAACGAGACUUUCCUGGGUUUCUCGCGCGGAGUAAAUUGCGGAACGAUCGCGGCUCUCGAUCGCGGCCAGAGAAAACACAAGAGGUCGCGUGAUUACUGUAAUAAUAUAUCCAGUGGGCGUUCGGGGAUACUCGUGAGGGCCAGGCAUACAAAAAAAUCGGGACAGUUCGGUACGCUGAAAUGUGCCUGACCCCCAUAACGCCUUGUUCGUGUUACGCGGAAAUCGUGAUCCAGAAUCUCACGAUCUACCAACCGAGGCCAUAAGGAGACGCUUCGAUGGUCCUUGUGGAACGGCAUGUACAAAAUUUAGCGUUUCGACGCAAGCGGUGAAAUCUCCUCGCAACAAUAGAUGCGGGAACCGUUAAUUUCACGCAUAGAGCACCUACGGCCACGUCCAUUUAAAAAAGGCUGAACUAAUGUAACAGAGAGAGAAUGGGAAAUUCACGAUCUUUGCCGUGUCGACGGGGGCGACCGCUCUUUCUGUUCUACCUUAUCAAUCGCACUUGGAAUAUCGUGGUGGAUCAUCGUGCUAAUAAACAGACUCAUUAUGAAGAAACUGAUCGCGAUACCGAGCUGUCUUCAAGAUGCAGUGGAUGCAGAGAUUGUACUUAUCUACAAGAAAGUCUUACCUUCGAAAGCGAAUCGGAAAUGGCUCCUAACGCAGAGGAGGAACUGCUUGUGGUAAAACCAUGGGGACCGCAACCGGAAAAGGAACGUCUCAGACCUCCAACCUACAAUGCAGAAGACUACGCGGUCGCCCUAAGAAGAUGGGGCAGACGUCCUCAAGGUGCCACGCAAGAUUCCCAAGGGACUUUACCCUCUACCACAAGUUCAAGUUCCGGUUACGCUUCCGGAAGUGGUGAAAUGACCUUAAGACAGUUCACAUCCGUUAGCGAGCUUCUGAACAAGCUCAGGGCGGACCUGAGACUAGCGUUUCCAAGUUUUGUACAAGAGUUCGCUUCGCCACCAGCAGAUGGCAUCACUCUGCUACUGGAGACCUUGAGGGGUGUUCAAUUGGCACAAAGUUCACCACCGUCGGGUCAGCACGGUCCCAGAAUUGGAACCCGAAGAGCUGCUCUGGAUGAACUUGGUUGCGUGGAAUGUCUUGCCGCUUGUGGAGAACGUUGUACGGAUGCUGCGAGACUUUUGGUCCAGGCGCAACCUGGUCUCUUGGCACUGGCUGUCUGCCUCACCAGCAGUUUAAACAGAUCACGUGUUCUUGCCCUGCAGCUCCUGACGAAGGUCUGUCAAACUUCUGGUGGCCAUGCUGCCGUGUCCGAAGCUGUUUCUACCCUCAGACUUAGAUACGGGGAAGGUGGUAGGUUCAGAUUUUUAGCUGGUGCACUUUUGGCACCAAGAGCUGCCAUUGCUCUGAGAGUCGCUGGGAUCUCAUUUUUGAAUGCUUUUCUCAAGUCUGCCCCAAGAGCCCAGGCUAGGCUUUAUAUUCAGGCAGAGGCGUGCGAAGCUGGCCUUGAGCCAAAAGCAUUGCAAGAGUGGCUCACGGAAAUUGAUGGAGGUGAAGAGGACACAUUGACGGAUUUAUUGCACAAGGAAGUCCAAAGAUGGACGCACAAUUGCGUGGAUGUCGAGGCCCUACAAAAACGGGCCGCCCGGGCCGAGGAAACUUGUCGUGCACUGAGCAAGAAGAUUUCGGCAUUACAGAGCCAGUUGCAGAAGCAGCAGCUCGAGAAUGUACGAAAUUAUAAUUUGGAGGAUAUGGAGAAGAUGAAGAAUUCACAGAAGACACAAAAGGUGUCGUCCAAUGCUGAAGACGAAGGCAUUAGUUCUUCUGAGCGUUCCAGUAGUCCUGAGGAUCUAAAACAUGGUCAGGGUCAUGUCAAGGUGUCUAUAGUGGAUAAUGAUCAAGAGACCACUAUAGAUGACGUCAUUGAAGAACUGAGGAUCAUCGUGAAGGAUGCUGAGGAAGAAUUUGAGGAUCAAAAUGCUCUUGCUAGAAAUUCUGCAGAUACUGUUAAUUCUGGCGAGAACAAAUGUUCUCCACUGUUCACAUCCGGUUCUAAAUUAUCAUUGAAUUCCCAGGCGAAGACUUUCCUCUACGACGAGAUAGAUUCAAAAAGUUCCUCUAGGUUCAAGGAUGAAGAUUCGAAGGUCACCGGUUCCAGUGCUGGCCAAAAUUGUACAGAAAAUCCUAUAACCUAUUUCGGGGCUACCGACAAGGAAUGCUCGUCGUCCGAAGGGAGUGUAAAGAUCCUUGUUAAAGGACCGGAAGUGGAGGAUGCCAUUGUACCGGCUAUUUUACAUCCGCAGCCACCAAGAAGAACUCCACCUUGUCUCUCUGCCAUUUUAGCCGCAAGAGAUUCCAGUUUCGUGGACGUUGAAGAGGAGGAAAUUUACAAUUCUCACGACGAGGAGGUCGAGGAGGAAACAUUGGGAGACGGAAGUGACUCUUUGUUGAGUGCGUCAAGAUUAAAGUACACUUCCGGCAAGGAUCAGGAGACUGAAAUCCGUAAAACUGCGUUAAUCAACGAAAGACCCAACAAAAACAUUGAAAAUCGCCUGAAGGACAAUAAAUUUACUAAAAGCUUCGACAAUAUUCACGACAUGGCGAACGUGCGACGUGACAAAAAGACUAUAAGAAACUACGAAGUGUCGUCCAAAAGUAAAUUCGAUCAGAUAAUAUCCAGACAAAUGGAAUCGAGAUACAGCAAAGAUUAUGGUCCAUCCGGUGAAGUUCAAAGACACAACACAAAAUACAGAAGCGAAGUUGAGAAACGUAAAUUAUUACGUAGGGCCGCAAGUCAUGACUUCCUGGACUCGGAAGCGUCGAGUCCAUCUUUAAGACGUACCGGAAGUAGAGUCGAAGGUCGCAUACGGAAGUUCGAAAGUCUCACGUCCUUUGACAACGCCAGUCUUCACAGUUUUGCAAGACACGGCAGUACGGACAAUAUCAGUAAGAUUGAUCAGCCUCAACAAUCCUGGAGCGAAGGCUCCAGGUCCAGGAUUCGCAGAUCUGAAUCACUGCAUCACGUUUCCCACGCAGUUACAAAAAAAGAUCAUGGUUCAUCUCGUGGAGGCAGUGACAGCGGUCUUUUUUACGUAACGGACUUCGAUCUGGAACCUCUGGUGGGUAGAAGACUCAAAUCGGAUUCGUCGAAAUCACCUAGUUUGUUGACGAAAUCAUUAGACCGAAUUGACGAGGGUUUGGACUCCAUGGUCGAUAUUGUCAUAACCGAAGAGAAACAGCACUGGGAAUUAAAUCGACGCUUCGCCAAAGACAGGAAGAGAACCGGACGAGAAAGGUCAUCGAGGGAAUUAAAUAAUAAUAAACUUUACGGACAGAUAAAGAGCGACGAACUUUAUGGGGAAGAGAGACAUCAUCGUUGGAAUCACGAAGACAUUGAUGGCAAUAAAAAAGUGGAUCCCACUGUAUUCAUUAAUAGAAAUGGCUCUAGACACGAACCGUUUCGCUAUGAGAAAUCUGCUAAUAAAUUUUCUACAAGAUCAACAGAAUCUGGUAUCUUUCUACCUUGCGGACGUCCUUCCGAUGCUUUUGGCUGGAGCAAAAGCAGGUUCAAUGCUGGAAAAUAUUCUGGAAAUAAUAUUCCCAGAGAGAACAAUGUCAGGAAUUCUGGAUACGGUGGGAAAAUUGGUGGUAAAGUCACUGACGUCAUAUCCGGACUCUAUUAAGAUUCGUCUGAAUUAUAUAUUUGAUUGAUACAAGAAGUCAGUCAAUCUGUAUUAAAUGUCCUAACGUAAUAUUUAAACAAUUUCGUACCUUGCGAUUAACACAAUUCAAUGACAAACCUUGUGCAAUAACUUGAGUAUUAUAUCUAUGAAUAUAUUUAAGUAGUUUUUAUUAUUAAGUGAAUUCGCGCAAGUGUAUAGAUCACGUAUUGCUAUUAUUAAUUAAUUAUUGACCAGGAACGUUCGAUUGAUAAUUAAUCAAUAAUUCGUAUUUGUAUAUUUCGGUUGUUUUACUAAGCAGUAUAUGGUAUGAGAGUAAAGAUCUACUGGGAUCAAGUAUUCUGGUGACGGACAAGUUUUAAAUGUUAACGACUGGAGUGGUUUAUUCGUUUGUUAAUUUUGUUGUUGUUUUUCCUCUUGAUUGUUCAAACGAAAGCAGGCCUAUUCAAGCUUUGUAUGACUUUGUAUAGAAUUCAUAAACUUUUGGAAAAUAGUGUAUUCUGUAUUCUUGAGAAGAAACAGUCGUUUCGGUAACUCUAAUGUAUUACAGUUAUGCGUAACGAAUUCUCCAGAGAAACGGAGCAUUUUUGUAACCGAAUGACGUCUUUGAUUUUAAUUUAUUGCGUUUAAUUAAUUCGAUGGGAGAUGUAAAUAAAUUGUAAUCAAUUGAUACGAAUAAAAUAUUACUACGUAUAAU